GUUAUCGCGAGGCUUUAACAGCUGUUGGGUCUGUUUUUAGAGUCCGGUGCUUGGUCGGUCAACACGUGGAGAAGACAGAAAGAGACCAGACGGGGACACGUUGGGAUAGAGUCCAGUCUGAAAUACUUAACAUUAUAUUUCAAUAAUUCAAUUCAUCGUGGCGGCGUGGAGGACGCGUACAUACUGUGUAGCUGCUAGGGUCCUGAGGAGAUGCCGCUGAGGUUCCGGUCUGUUGUCCCGUACACGCUGCCCGGAGUGCUGGCGCUGAUAGGCUGGUGGUGGUACAUUUCACGCAAGAAAGAGCAGAUCAGCAGCCACGACAGUGAGGAGGAGGGGGCGGUGGCCAUGUGCCUGCUUACAUCCCCCACCGAGGGCAGCAAUGGCCUGUUGGAGAAGGCAUCCGUGUCCCCAACCGCCUCCACUCACCAAAUCACCGGAAGAGACCCCCCCCCCAUUGUUAAAGGAAAAAAGUCAAGCGAGCAGGAAGUAGAAGUGAAGGUCCCCACCAUCAGAGCAGCGCCAGUAGAAGUCCACCGUACCCUCACACCCGCAGCAUCAGCAACCGCAGAGAGACCCCACCCCCCCUCCGACCCCCACAUCCCCUCCACCCCCUACGACCCCCACACCCCCUCCGACCCCCACCCCCCCUCCGACCCCCACAUCCCUUCUGACCCCUCCAUCCCCUCCACCCCCUACGACCCCCACCCCCCCUCCGACCCCCACAUCCCUUCUGACCCCCACAUCCCCUCCACCCCCUACGACCCCCACACCCCCUACGACCCCCAAACCUACUCCGACCCUCUCCACGACAGAGCGAAGACGGACCCUGCCACUGUGAGCUGCCUCGGCUCGGCCGGGACCAGCGUGACACAGACGCCACCAUCACCUCCACAGAGUCAGGAAGAAAGCUCCGCCACCAGCAGACUUGACAGGGAGCAGGAGAGCGCUGGGCAGAGCCCACCCUCUGCUGUUGCUUUGGUAACAGAGCCUGAACAGCCAGAGCUGGAAGAACCCAGUCAUCCCACAGCAGAAGCAGAGGUGGUGCUUUCCCAUGUACUAUAUGCCAUGGUCUCAGCUACACCACUGGCAGCAGAACUGGCCAAUGCAGAGAGACCAGAGCCAGAGGGGGAGGUCUCAGGGAAAGAUGCCCCCUCAUUGUCCUAUUCCUCCUCAUCCACAACCCUUUCCACCAAAGACACACUGGUGUGCUUGCCAGCCCAGGACCAGAGAACAGCCCCAGAGGAGCCCCACAUCCUGGAAACGAACACAUCGUCACAAGGUAUCCAGCACACUGUCAUGACAAGUAUACAAGUCCCUCCAGCACCUGUAGACUCCCUGCUCGACCAAGGCCCGGCCCAGGAGAACGGAACCGGCGGAGCGGAGCUGGAGCUCAUGGCGGCAGGCCUGAUCACUGAUGUCAUCACUGCAGCCACCGCUCAGGUUCUCAGCGUCACCUGCUGCCAAGACACUGACCAAUCAGACUCGGAGAUGACCAAGCCUGGCAGUAGCAGCACGCCUCUGGCGAAUGGGAAGCCAUGCUCUGAGCAAGAGCCAAUAAGAAGGGAUAGUUGGCCCUCUCCCAUAGGCAUUGAGUCAAAGGGGGAGGGGUCAGCAAACCAGGAAGAAGAAGCUGUGCCCAAUGGGUGCCUGUCUGCGCCGGUGUGGGAGCCUAUAAACGGCCAGCGAGGCAGGGCAACAGAGAACGCGCAGAAUAGCCAUUGUCCGAGCACUUCGCUAGAGAUUCAGGAUCCCGCCCUGGCCAGCCUGGACAAACAGGAAGAGGAGGGGGAAUGUUUGGGGCCACGGGUCUCAGGGGGGGUGGUGGAGUCAGCGGUGGUAAUGGUGACGUCGCUGGCGGGGGAGCACUCGCUGGGAGCCAUGUGUGAGAUGAAGAGGCUCAGCUGUGUGGGCCUCAGGAACGGUGCUCACGGGGCGAGCGAGGCUGAGACGGACCAGUCCGGAGUUUUAUGUAAAGAUGGUCGUACAUCCUACAAUACCUCAGGUUCUGAUGUGAACAGCAUGGACUCGGUGGACAGUGGCUGCACCAUGGGGGCUGGGGACAGCCAGAACAGCAGCAGCCUGACCCCCGCAGCCAACUCUGAGCUCAUCGUGUGGGAGAUUGAGGUGCCAAAGCAUCUGGUCGGACGGUUAAUCGGGAAACAGGGACGAUACGUGAGCUUCUUGAAGCAAAGCUCGGGUGCAAAGAUUUACAUCUCCACCCUGCCAUACACACAGGAGUUUCAGAUCUGCCACAUAGAGGGCACCCAGCAGCAGGUAGACAAAGCGCUGUCCUUAAUUGGGAAGAAGUUCAAGGACUUGGACCUGACCAACCUGUAUGCACCCCCAUCUCUGCCGCUCACACUCCCCUCGCUCCCUAUGACUUCCUGGCUCCUGCUGCCCUCCGGGGUGACGGUGGAGGUGAUCGUGGUGAACAUCGUCUCCGCAGGCCACAUGUUCGUGCAGCAGCAUACGCACCCCACCUUCCAUGUCCUGCGCAGCCUGGAUCAGCAGAUGUUCCUCUGCUACUCCCAGCCGGGCACACCCGCCCUGCCCUCGCCAGCAGAGGUGGGACUGAUCUGUGCAGCGCCUGCAGUAGAAGGAGCCUGGUGGAGAGCUCAGGUCAUCUCCUUCUUCAAAGAGACCAGCGAGGUGGAGAUCCGAUACGUAGACUACGGCGGAUACGACAGAGUCAAGAUCGACACCCUGCGGCAAAUAAGGUCGGACUUUGUAACAUUACCGUUCCAAGGUGCUGAGGUGUUACUGGAUAACAUCGCUCCUCUACCAGGAGAGGAUAGGUUUUCUACCGAGGCCAGCACUGCACUUGAGGAGAUGACCAGAGGAGUUGCGCUGCUUGCACAGGUUACGAACUAUGACAACAACACUGGUGUCCCGUUGGUGCAAAUGUGGAACAUGGUUGGAGAUGAGCUGGUAUCAGUGAAUCGCUCUCUGGCGGAGAGAGGACUGGGCACCUGGGUGGACAGCUUUUGAACAUGGCUGUCCCCGGCCCCACCACCCUCCCGCUUUCCUUACAUCCCCUCUGGAUCCUGUCUACUCUGAUACCUGGAGUUUCCCAUCCUUCCUCGCCCGCAGAAACACCCCCAUACACAUUUCAAUAGGAGAACUCUCAACCACUGGAUUAGGGAUUUUCUUUUCUUUUUUUCUCUCCAUUUUUGGUUUCUUAGUUUUGGUUUCAACUUGAAGACAAAAAAGAAAGUACUUGUACAUUUUAAGAAAAUAAUUAUAUAUUGUAACUGAAUAAAGGUUGAUCCAAGUUUUCCGUCCUGCCGUGACACUUCUCUCCAGGCCUCUGCACAACUUUGACUGGAUUAUCAUGCUGUGGAUGUAUCCGACUCCAUAGGAAAAAGAAAACCUUCAAUGAAUGGGGAACUAACUUCACCUUCAUUAAAUCUAACUACCUAUACACUGGCACAGUAUAGUAAACAUAAUAAUCGUUUUUCAAUGAAACCGUUGGGGGGGAUUUCUGGUAGGGUCAAGUGAGACUACCUGAGACACAUCAGCGCUCUCACGGUCAUGUUCUGUCUGGAUUUGUUUCAACAACUGUGGAUUAGUCGGUGGACAAUGGUAUAGAAGGUGCUCUCAGUUCUGUUUUGGUUUCUUGAGUUGUGUCUGUGAAGACAAACCUCUUGAUCCAUGCCUUGGAUUUUAUUAUAACCCCAAUCCUAAGAACGGGAAAACUCUCCAGCCCCUCGUCGAUAUGGACGCAUUGGGAGGGUGCAGAACAAUGGUCCUAGGAGCCACGGCCUGCUCACCUGACCUGGCUGCCUCCUCCUGACAACACUGUGGCCUUAUGGAGAACGGGCUUCCUUCUCUGCACCGUGUCCAAUUUGCAGCAGGCCUGCCCUCGUUCCUCAUCCAGCACACUCUUGUCUGUGGAGAUGGGUGAGGGGGUGGGUGAGCCAAUGGUGGGUUUUACCUAAGCUUGGCAUCACAGAUCCUGUACCUUCUGUACCGUCACUAUGGCCACUUCAUUUUCAUACACUACAGGUGCUGGACUUCAGCAGUGUGUGCAUGGGGGGGGGGGGGGGCACUUGGGAACAUGUAGAGGAAGGGUUCCCUAUUCACUCCCUUCCUAGCCCCACCAAUUUUGCGUUGCAGCUUUCUGAGGAUUUCAUGAGGGAGUCGGCAUAUUAAAUUCAUGGCAGUGUUUGUGGUAACACUUGAGAAAAAAUACACACUCCCAGAAAGGCCUCGCCACCUAACCUGGUACACAAGUAAUUGCUUUUAGAGUCUGCCCAGUCCUACAGGCUUUUAAAAGGGAAUUGGUAGAUGAUAUUCAAAUCCAGUUUGUCUAUUGUCUGUAUGCAUGAUAAUAUGCCUGGAAUCUACCCAGCUACGCCUGUAUGUUCACUGUGUUGACUCCUACAUGUGUUAUCUAUUUACACUAGACUUGGUACAUGUCAAGGGUACAGGAAUCAACGUGUCAGGUCUUGAUUUGUGUGUGAAUUGUGUGUCCACAAUGCAAACCAGACAAGGUAGCAGUGAGGAAAGGUUCGCAUAUAGCAUCAAUCACACUACAUACUGUGUAAUGCUGUUAAUGCGUUGCUUGUACACCUUUUUGUUGUGUUGGGUUUCAUAGACUUUUUUGCCACUUUUAACAAGAAAUGGAAAUAAAUAACUACUGUACAUCGUUGAACAUACAUAGGGGUUGCUGUCGAUAUCACUAAAGCAAUUGAAGGUGAAAGGUUUAACUUAUGUUUCGGAAAUGUAAUGAAUUCUAAAUGUAGAGUCUUUCUUUUGACUUGACUAGCUGCUUACUGCUACUGUUUUAAAUUAAUCGAGUUAUUGUAUUUGAAAGGGGACUAGAUACUGUUGAUCCUGCCACACUAUAAAGUACUGUACCAAUGCUACACUGACAAUAAGGCCAUAUCUUUCCCACUGCUUCAUAUAGACUGUGUCCAAGUAAGGUUUAAAGUGUUUCAACAUUUGACCGACGCACUACAGAAGGCCAGUAGAAAAACUGACAGCAGUAGAAAGUAAACUGCAUUAACUUUAUCCCUAAAUGCUUUGUGUUGUUGUGAGGAUGACAAAGUUAAAAAUGUUGGUUUAUUGAGGAUGAGACUGGAUUGUCUUAGGAAUGGUUAUUCAUGUGUACGGUGAUAUGAUACACUGCUUGGUUGAAGACAGUUCUAGGGAGAGGGUGAAUGUCUUGAAUAGCUCUGUGUUUGCUUCAACAGAUGUUUUUGUACGAAAGUACAAAAGCUGACCAGUGUUGGAGCAGUAGCCAUAUUCUUCAUUCUCGUGAAACUUUUACACCAUUUCAACAUGUGUGCUCGGUUCAACCCGUCAAUGUCUCAUCCAGAAUAUAUCCCCCCUUUCCACUUCACCUGUCCUCUUCCUAUUAUCAGAAAUGCUUGAUCCAAUAAGAGUUUUGACUUGUGCAGGCCUGUGUAUAUAAGAUAUUUCACUGUACUUUUGUAUUACACUGGAGAGACAUAAAGCAAAAGGGAACAUAUUUUCUUUUUACUUUUUUUUAAGGGGGGGGUUGUUCAACUCUGCUCCCCUUCCAAAGUUGUUUAAUGUUCUCUGUGGGUAAGACUGGUUUGAAGUGUUUGCUUAGCUAGAUCAUUAAUCAUUUGAUUAUUUAAAUGAGUGUUAAGCAAUCCUGCCCAGAUCAUUUAAUAUGUACAGGUCAGUUUUUGCCAUGCUCAUUAAAGAUUUCAUUCUUGGUUGUACAGAUCUAUUGGAAAAAAUAAAAUUAUUAAAAAUG